AUGGACUGGGCUUCUGAAAUCUCUGCAACUUUUCGCUCCUUCGUCUCGGUGAGGAGGAGAUGGAAGACUCAAGGAAGAAGAUGGCUCCGGAUCCCUCCUGCUGCGACGCUGGAGGCCGCCAAGUAUCGGUGCCUCUCCCUCCGCCGACGUAUCGAGCGUGACCUACCUCCAUCUAAGCUCUCCGACGCGUGCCGGCAGACCCUGCUCAGGCUUCUGAACGCCGAAAUCAGAUACCUCUCCCGCCUUUCUCCUUCAGAGCUCUCCUCCCCCUUUAGGUUCUCCCUCUCUCUCUCUCGCCACAUAUCUAUAUAUAUAUAUAUCUGCGUUGUGAUGUUGUGCUUCGGAAAAUUGAUGAUGGAUUAUGAACAGAAGUUAUUGCAGUUUGAACGUAGGUUAUUUGGAAUCCGUCGUUCAGGUCAUCGAACAGCCUUCUGUAGCGGGAGUAUCACGCGUAUGUAAGCCCGUUGGACCAUCACCGCCUUCACCUUCGUUACCACAGGUGGACUCGAAGCCAGUACAUAUUGAUAUCGUGUGCACGCUCUGUCAGAAGCCUGUCUGGUUCCUCGUUUCCGACAGAAAUCCCAAGUUCAUCACCUGGAUGGGUUCUCAUCGGAGCGAUGACGGAUUAAGGGCGAGGGUGGAGCGAGUCAUCUCUGUUGCACGCUCCACAGUGUCCCUGAAGCCAGACUCCAUUGUCCUCUUCUUUUCCAAGGGGCUGACCGAGACCAUUUCCAAAAAUCUGGUUAAUGAUUUCGGAGCGUCAGAGUUGGGGAACCAGUUUUUUUUUCCAGAGUUCCGUACUUUUGAAGAAUUAGAAUGUGGAUGGAUUAAUGUUGUUGGACCAGGCAGUUGCGCAUUUGAGAUUAACAUUGACGCAGGCAGUAUUAUAAAUCGUUCUAUCAUCAAAGUUUCUGAGGGAGGGUGCAGGGGAGGUGAGGAUGCUUUGGAUUCAAGCAGCGAGUUCUGGCAUCUAAUGUCUUCUCUGAAAGAGGCUUCAGGUGACACAUCGAAUGAGCGACUGAUAAAUUUUGAUACAACAGCUUUGAUUGCCAUCGUAUCUGGGAUAAGCAAUGGUGAUACUGAUCGCCUGCUUAAGACAGCAGAGGUUGACUUGAAAAGGCAGUUUAAGGGCAACUAUGAAUUUGUUAUGGCACAGGUGUGUGGCACUUUAAUUAGAAUAGUAUGAUUGCUUAUCUUGAAUACAAUGGUACUGAUAGGUUUUUGACGAAGCCCACUGAUUGAUGGUGCAUUCCUGCUACCGGGGUUAAUUUACAAGAAACACAUAAUACGAAGUCAGUUUUUCUGCUGUAUUAUUGAAUUGAUUUGUAGAACUUAAUGGUCACUCAUUGUGCAAGGAUUUGGGCUUUUGGUGAAUAGUUUUAUGAUACCAGCACAAAGUUUAGUGUGUUUGGUUCAUUUGUUUACGGCCCUCUUCAUCUUCACUCAGUUGCAACUACCUUUAAUCCUGGUCUCGGUCAUUUCUACUUUCAGUGCCGGUGAAACAGAGUAGAUGCAUCUUAGGUCGUGAGAAGUGACAUGGUGAAAAAAUAGGGUUUUGGAGAUGAGAGGAAUAGAGUGCAGAACCCUUGGCUAGGAUGAAAUAAGCUGCUACUUGUGGACUUACGUGGGUAUGGUCAUCGGAGCUUGACCCUAGAUUUCAUAGGUCGGUAACUGGAGGGAUGUCACUGUGCUUUUGUUGCUCACAUUGAGCCGUAUUUUUAGACGUCCGUAACAAAAUUUUGCGUGUCUUUGAAACCUUGAAAACAUCAUCCUUUCAAAUAUUGCAUCCUUAUUAUGACGCUUUCUCUUACUACGGUGUGUCAGAUGGUUAGCGACUUGCAUUCAACGAUUUGUAGGCUCAUUACGAACACUGCGAACAAUCAGGACUCAAAAUUUUGUUCUAUGAUUAGGGGCAGUAUUUAAAUGUAUAUCUCUCUGAAUAUGUAUCCUAAUGAUAUCCUUGAAUUUUGCCUUUCUUUUGUUUGAGAGAUAACUCUAUUUAGCUAAUAUAUGAUACUGGGGAGGACUCAUUAAUUAAAGUCAUUUUUCAUCUAGUGUGUUCAUUUUUUUAAUCAUAUAUAUGCCAUAAGAUUAAUCUUGUCUUUGUACCUCGCAAUCUGCUCAUUUCUCCUCUUUUUUCCGGAAAUUUACGCACAUUCUGCUGACUAGCUUCUUAAACAUAACAGGACUAAUGCAGCAUGUUUUCCUAACAAACACCUAGUUUUAUUCCAGGUGAUGUCAGAACUUCGAGACCCCAUUCUACCUGAAUUCAGUGAUGUCAUUACUGGAAAGAAAGGUAUUAUUUGUGAAAGCGUUCUCUCUGAAUUCAAGGAGCUUGUGUCAAUAUGUGGAGGCGUGGACGAGAAAGCAAGAGCAUGUCAACUGCUUCAAUCACUCCUGUAAGUUGACUUUCCUUAUCAGAUAACAACAUCUCAUGGCUUGCAUUAGUGAUACGACGUAUAAACCUGUACCAAAGGAAGCGUGAAACACAGUAUGAUAUGAUUUUUCCUUUACUAUUCUGGUUUAUAAUGGAAGCUAAAGAUUCAUGCUCGUCUAUCUCUGUGAACCACCACGUGGCUGGGAUGCUGCGCUACCUAGAUAAAGGAUUGUCUGCUUUUAUACUAUGAAGACCAGCUUGACAGAUCAAUAUUUUCCGAACCCAAAUCUUGGAUCAAAGCGAACUGAUCUAGGCUGAAAUAUGAUGAAAUCAAUUGAAAUCAUCCGAUUUCAAAUUAUUUUACCGAAUCCUUUGAGAAGUACGUUCAAUGGUGAGAAAAAUACUUCAACCACAUGAAAGAAUGGUUCCAUUUAGACUCUUCAAUUUUCAGAUAAUUAGGGUUCCGUUGCUCCAUUCAUCUGAACUGCUACUCACUCAAUGAUUUCCUAGCUUAAGCUUAUAGAAUUUAUUUCUUCUGCAGAUGAAAUUUAUAUAUAAGGAGAUUCCCCAAUGCAGGCUUCCUUGGUAACUUUUGGGUAUUCAAUUUCAAACUAUUGCGUUUUUCAAGAAAAUCACUUAAGAAAGAGGCCCGAUUGCUAGGUUGAGGGAUUUCUUCUCCCUAUAGUUCCUAGGGCAGCAACAUGGGAAUAUGACUCACAUAAUGGCAAAUUUGCAAAAAAAAAAAACUUAAACUUUGUUUAUUUUCUCCUUCAUCACCGCAAAAUGAUUUUUUUUCUGCAGUUGUCCCAAUUUUAUUUUAUUUUUUUGGGAAAUUAUUUAUCCCUGCUCAUCAUCAUUUAUGGGAUGCGUAUCAUCUGCCUCUGCUGAUUAUAUAUAUUUUUUGGGCAGAGUGGUCUCAGAUAGCCCAUCAGCGCGUGUUUCUGCUCUUCCAACCACAAGGAAGCUCGCAGUGAAGAACAAGACUAUAUUCGGAACGGGGGAUCAUUGGCGUGCUCCCACAUUAACCGCAAAUGAGGGUUUUGUCAGAGCCAUUUCCCAAAGCGGGAUGUCUUUAUUAACCAUAAAGCACAGACCCCGUGCACUGAUUGGUGAUUAG